ACCUCGCCUCCAUAGAUACCUUCCCGCCGCCGCCGCCGCCGCCACCAUCCCGCGCGAGCCGCCGGCUGCACCGGAGCGCCGCCCUCCUCCCCGGGCUGCUCUCCACCGCUUCCGCUCGUCCGGGCUGCCGGCUGUCGGCUGUCGGCUUGUCGUCCUCCCCGCGGCGGCACGCGCCUGCCUCGGAAGUGAACCAGCGAGCGAGGGAGGGAGCACGGGCGCUUCUCGCGGGGGCCGCGGCGGCCUCCGUCGUCUGAGCUGGAUUCGGCGUUCAUCCGGGGGUGGAUUGAGUGAUUGAUUGUUUCCUUUUGCUGAUCUUCCUUUUUCACAAAAAGAGAGCCUUGGAUCUCUUGAAAUAUGUCAUCUCCAGGUGAAAUGCCAGUAAGCAAUCUAUUACGCCUCCAAGGCUUUCCUUCUAAUGUGGGGAAUAGAAAUGGUUUCAUUGCUGCAAGAAGUUCUGGACUGAGAAGGUCACGAACGACUCAACAUUGCUUUCACCAACACCAUCUUUGUUGGCCAGGUGUUAGAAGAGCUUCACUUCCUAAUGUCCGACUGUUGCCAGCUCCUGGUGCUUUGGUUUCCAGGAGUGUUGACAGAUCAUUGGUUCACAAAUCUGAUACUGCAUCAGAAGCUGGAGUUAUUCAGUUAUAUCGUAUACCAUAUCUUCAAGAGAGUGAAACAUUUGAGCUACUCAGGCAAGCGCAAGCAAAAGUUUCUGCUAGUAUUGUGGGUAUAAAGACCGAACAAUGCUUCAACAUUCAAUUGGAUAAUGCACUAACUCCAGAGAAACUUGCAACACUUCAAUGGCUCUUAGCAGAAACUUAUGAACCUGAUAAGCUACAAGCACAGAGCUUUUUGGAGGAGGAAGUCUCUAGGAGCCCUCAUAGUGUCAUUGUUGAGGUUGGUCCCCGAAUGACUUUUUCAACAGCCUUCUCGACCAAUGCUGUCUCAAUAUGUAAGUCUCUCUCGUUGACGGAAGUAACUCGCUUGGAGAGAUCAAGAAGAUACCUCUUGUGCCUGGAUCCUGGCUAUGGCCAACUUGAUGAAAGCCAGCUUAAUGACUUUGCUGCUUUGGUUCAUGAUAGAAUGACAGAGUGUGUUUAUUCUAACAAGCUCACAUCAUUUCAUUCAGACGUAGCUCCUGAACCUGUCCGUGUUGUUCCAGUCAUUGAAAGGGGAAGCGAAGCUUUGGAAGAAAUAAAUGUGAAGAUGGGGCUUGCUUUUGAUGAACAAGAUAUCAAGUACUAUACCCACCUCUUCAGAGAUGACAUCAAAAGGAAUCCAACCACUGUUGAACUUUUUGAUAUUGCACAAUCCAACAGUGAACACAGCAGGCAUUGGUUUUUUAAUGGAAAGCUUGUGAUAGAUGGAGAGACCAUGCCGAGAACCUUGUUUCAGUUAGUGAAGAGUCCCCUAAAGGCCAGCCCCGAUAAUAACUCUGUCAUCGGAUUUAAGGACAACUCAAGUGCAAUAAAGGGAUACCCAGCAAAUCACCUACGCCCAACACUCCCAGGCUCUACUUCACCAUUAUCUGUUAUGAUGCGCGAGCUUGAUAUUUUAUUCACUGCAGAAACCCAUAAUUUUCCAUGUGCUGUGGCACCUUAUCCAGGAGCUGAGACAGGUGCAGGUGGUCGCAUAAGAGACACACAUGCCACCGGAAAGGGUUCUUUUGUUGUUGCUUCUACUGCUGGCUAUUGUGUUGGUAAUCUCCGAAUGGAAGGUUCAUAUGCACCUUGGGAGGAUCCCUCCUUUUCAUACCCGUCGAAUUUGGCUUCCCCUCUUCAAAUUCUCAUUGAUGCCAGCGAUGGUGCUUCUGACUAUGGGAACAAGUUUGGUGAACCUCUAAUUCAGGGAUAUACCAGAAAUUUUGGGAUGAGGUUGCUUAACGGGGAACGCCGUGAGUGGCUGAAGCCAAUAAUGUUUAGUGGGGCAAUUGGGCAAAUCGACCAUGCACACAUAUCUAAGGGGGAUCCAGAAAUUGGCAUGCUAGUUGUGAAGAUUGGUGGUCCGGCAUACAGAAUUGGUAUGGGUGGUGGUGCUGCCUCAAGCAUGGUUAGUGGACAGAAUGAUGCGGAGCUCGAUUUCAAUGCAGUACAACGUGGAGAUGCCGAAAUGGCACAAAAACUGUAUCGUGUUGUCAGGGCAUGUGCAGAAAUGGGAGAGACCAACCCCAUUAUCAGCAUUCAUGACCAGGGUGCUGGAGGAAAUUGCAACGUAGUGAAGGAAAUAAUCUAUCCUAAAGGUGCUGAAAUUGAUAUACGAUCAAUUGUCGUUGGUGAUCAUACAUUAUCUGUUUUGGAGAUAUGGGGUGCUGAGUACCAGGAACAAGAUGCAAUUCUGGUGAAGCCUGAGAGUAGAAGCUUGCUAGAGUCAAUUUGUGCAAGGGAAAGGGUUUCAAUGGCUGUCAUUGGGACAAUCAAUGGAUGUGGAAAGAUUGUUUUGGUUGACAGUGCUGCUGUGGAGCAUGCCAAGUUAAAUGGCCUUCCUCCUGCAACGCCUGUUGAGGAUCUUGAGCUUGAAAAGGUUCUAGGAGAUAUGCCCCAAAAGACCUUUGAAUUCAAGCGAGUUUCUAUAGUCAGCGAUCCCUUAGACAUUGCCCCUGGAGUAACAAUUAUGGAUGCUCUGAAGCGAGUAUUGAGCCUUCCUUCUGUAUGUUCAAAGCGUUUCUUAACCACAAAAGUUGACAGGUGUGUGACAGGUCUUGUUGCACAACAGCAGACAGUUGGACCUCUCCAAAUUCCUCUUGCAGAUGUGGCUGUGAUUGCACAGACAUACACUGACCUGACAGGUGGUGCCUGCGCCAUUGGAGAACAACCACUGAAAGGUUUACUUGAUCCCAAGGCCAUGGCAAGACUUGCUGUUGGGGAGGCCUUGACUAAUCUGGUUUGGGCUAAAGUUUCAUCACUUUCUGAUGUCAAAGCAAGUGGUAACUGGAUGUAUGCUGCAAAGCUUGAUGGAGAAGGUGCAGAUAUGUAUGAUGCUGCCGUUGCAUUGGCUGACUGCAUGAUUCAACUUGGUAUUGCAAUAGAUGGGGGAAAGGACAGUCUUUCCAUGGCAGCUCAAUGUGAUGGUGAGGUCGUUAAGGCCCCUGGAAAUCUGGUCAUCAGUGCUUAUGUGACAUGUCCUGAUAUAACAUUGACAGUAACUCCUGAUUUGAAGCUUGGCAAUGAUGGAGUUUUGCUGCAUAUUGACCUGGGUAAAGGAAAAAGGCGGCUUGGUGGUUCUGCUCUUGCACAGGCUUUUGAUCAAAUUGGAAAUGACUGCCCAGAUAUUGAUGAUGUUCCCUACUUAAAGAAAGCCUUUGAGGCAGUUCAGGAAUUGCUUAGUCAGCGCCUUAUUUCAGCUGGCCAUGACAUUAGUGAUGGAGGUCUUAUUGUGAGUGUGCUUGAGAUGGCAUUUGCUGGUAAUUGCGGUGUUAAGCUGAACAUUGAUUCAAAAGAUUCUGGCCUUCUUCAAGCACUCUUUGCCGAGGAGCUAGGCCUUCUUCUUGAAGUGCACUUGAAAGAUCUCAGUGUUGUAAAGCAAAAGCUUGAAGCAGGAGGCAUUUCCACUAAUGUAAUUGGACAAGUUACAGCAUCACCAGAUAUUGAUCUGGUUGUUGAUGGCAGGCUGCAUCUCAAGGAGAAAACUUCAGAUCUCAGGGAUAUCUGGGAGGAAACGAGCUUCCAGCUUGAGGGGCUACAACGUCUGAAAUCUUGCGUGAGACUUGAAAAAGAAGGAUUAAAGCUCAGAACAUCGCCAUCAUGGUCUUUGUCUUUCACUCCCAAAUUUACAGAUGGAAAUCUGUUGGCUGCAUCCUCAAAGCCAAAAGUUGCCAUCAUUCGUGAAGAAGGGAGCAAUGGUGAUAGGGAGAUGGCUGCUGCAUUCUAUGCUGCCGGAUUUGAACCAUGGGAUAUCACAAUGUCAGACCUCUUAGCUGGGAAGACUUCUCUAGAGGAGUACCGUGGGAUUGCAUUUGUCGGUGGUUUCAGCUAUGCAGAUGUUCUUGAUUCAGCUAAAGGUUGGGCGGCAUCAAUCAGGUUUAACCAACCCCUCAUACAGCAGUUCCAGAAUUUCUACAAUAGGCCAGACACUUUCAGCCUUGGAGUCUGCAAUGGUUGUCAGCUAAUGGCUCUUCUUGGCUGGGUACCAGGAUCGGAUGUUGGAGGUUCCCUUGGUUCAGGUGGGGACAUGUCCCAGCCAAGAUUUAUUCACAAUGAAUCUGGUCGUUUUGAGUGCCGGUUUACUAGUGUCUCUAUAGGGGCCUCUCCUGCUAUCAUGUUCAAAGGAAUGGAAGGUUCUACACUGGGCAUUUGGAGUGCUCACGGUGAGGGGAGAACUUUCUUCCCAGAUGAAAAUGUUCUAGCUAGUGUUGUGAAGUCUAACCUGGCUCCUGUGCGGUACUGUGAUGAUGCGAAUAACAUAACUGAAGUCUACCCAUUCAAUCCCAAUGGCUCUCCGCUUGGCAUUGCAGCCCUUUGCUCCCCUGAUGGAAGACAUCUUGCUAUGAUGCCACACCCAGAACGUUGCUUCAUGAUGUGGCAAUAUCCAUGGUAUCCCAAGGAAUGGCAGCUUGAGAAGAGUGGUCCUAGCCCUUGGUUGCGCAUGUUCCAGAAUGCUAGAGAAUGGUGUUCAUAGUGCAGGGACCUAAUCGAUGGCCAUGUGAUGAAUAGAAGCCUGGCGCUACGGACUCAUUUCAAUACUUAAAACGUGGUGAUAUCAGUUGCUGGUGCAAUGUAGUCAGCAGUCAGUAUUGUUGUAACUGAGGAUUGAAUAAGUUGGUUCAGCGAAAUAAUGAAAAGCAGAUUUCAUGGUUCUUGCUUGCUGCUCUGAGUUUUGCUGCCGCUUUGAAACCAUGCCUGUAAGGGUAGUGCUGUCUUAUUAGGCAAGUUCUAGGAGGCUUGCAAAUGCACUGCUGCUAAUGAGAAUAAUCCUGUUGGUCCAGCA